AAAGAAAGGAGGAAGAAGACGUAGGACAUUAGCCAUCCCAAACUCCUCAAACUGAAACUCAUUAUGUUCAAUUGCCUCUCUUAACCUCCAUUAUCUUUCUAUCCCUCCUGCGCGUCCACGUCACCCAUGCUGGGGAUGAGGGCAGCAUUUUCCACGCUUGGAGGGUCACUGGCUUCAGGCGAAUAGUUGUACCCCACGCCCAGGUCUACGGUUUGGUAUUUGAUACGUUAAAUCCGCUUCGGUGGUUGUCGCAGCUCCAUUGCUGGCCAUCGAGCUUCACUGGACUGAGACCAUUCACUCGGACGCACACGCCGGCGAAGGACGAAGAAAAAAAUGGCCGUUACCUGGGAAACUAUAAUUAUUCUUGUUUUGAUGUAUCAAGCUGCUGCAUCAGGGUUCGUCCAUCGCUACUGCACGGAGGACUGCACAGGUCUGGCCAGUGGUCAGUACGGUCACUGUGACCUGUGUAACCGCUUCAUCUACUGCGACCACAACAUCCUGCAGGUGACCUCUUGCCCCAAGGACUACACACAUUACGACUGGACCAUUGGGGUGUGCGUCCACCACUGGGACUCCAUUCCCUGCCCAAAGGACUGGAAGCCUGCCCCGAGAGUGAGAGGGUCCGUAAAUAGCGGAAACUAUCCACCAGCAGGUAUCACCAGUUACGGACCAGAGAAAACAAGACUUCCCAAACGAGGAGGACAAGGCUUGGCUGAAUCUGUUCCUGAAGAUAGAAAGAAAGCUUCAGUAUACACAGCCGCUGGCGCACCAUACGAACCACCCAACACUGACCCCUAUCCUCCAGUUGUUGAGGUGCCACCGCCGCCACCACCACCGCCAACGACAACCAGGGCGACAACAACAACAGCAACAACAACAAUAGCAGCAACAACGACGACGACAACGACGACGACAAACCCUCCAACAACGAUAGCAGAAGCGGCAUCUUCAAGCGGCGAGGCGGCGCGGCUGACGGCGCAGAAGUCGUGCGGCACGCCCUGUCACGCGCAGUGUCCCACAGGCCCUAAGGCGCAGGUGUACGUCAGGUGUGGCGACUGCUGCUACAUGGUCUGCAGCCCCGAGGGUCAGCUCCUGAGGGAAGCCUGCCCUCACCCCAGCGUGCGAGCUGGACAGUAGCAGCACUUUUACUGUCCUUUCUUCUUUCGUCCUUCGCGAUCUAGAGAGUAGCUCUUAAACUGCUAAGCGAAAAAAAAAUUAUCUGUAAAUUAAAUGUAUCUCUUUUAACAUUCAAGGGCUUAAACAUUCUCUCAAUACUUAAAUGAUGACUUCCAGAGAGUUCCAGAGGACAGCCUCGCUUUUGUAAGAUGUGUCAGAACUGUCGUUGGCAAACUCUUGUCUUUGGUUCCCGAGCAACAGUUGCAGUAUCGAUGUUCUUGAAGUUAUAGUAAGACGAGAGUAACAUGUGCAGGCGCCUGCACUGUAGCUCUGUUAGUGACGUCACCCCGUGACCUUUUCGUGACCUUUUACCGAAGGUUUGCUUGUGGAGAAAUAAAUCUGAUAUAAUAUC